AUGGCCGGAGAGCAGCAGCUGCAGGUGUUGAACGCGCUGGACGUGGCAAAGACGCAGUGGUACCACUUCACGGCGAUCGUCGUGGCCGGCAUGGGGUUCUUCACGGACGCCUACGACCUCUUCUGCAUCUCGCUGGUCACGAAGCUCCUCGGCCGCAUCUACUACACCCUCCCGGGCUCCCCGACCCCCGGCUCACUGCCCCCGAACGUCUCCGCCGCUGUCAACGGCGUCGCCUUCAUCGGCACCCUCUCGGGCCAGCUCUUCUUCGGCUGGCUCGGCGACAAGAUGGGCCGCAAGCGCGUCUACGGCAUGACCCUCAUGCUCAUGGUCCUCUGCUCCGUCGCCUCCGCCCUCUCCUUCGGCCACACCCCCUCCUCCGUCCUCGCCACCCUCUGCUUCUUCCGCUUCUGGCUCGGCUUCGGCAUCGGCGGUGACUACCCCCUCUCCGCCACCAUCAUGUCCGAGUACGCCAAUAAGAAAACGCGCGGCGCCUUCAUCGCCGCCGUCUUCGCCAUGCAGGGUUUCGGCAUCCUCGCAGGCGGGCUUGUCGCGAUAGUGGUGUCCACCGCGUUCAAGAACCGGUUCCCGGCCCCGGCCUACGCGGACGACCCGGCAGGGUCCUUGGUCCCGGAGGCGGACUUUGUGUGGCGGAUCAUCCUCAUGUUCGGGGCCAUCCCCGCGGGGCUGACCUACUACUGGCGGACGAAGAUGCCGGAGACGGCCCGGUACACCGCGCUCGUCGCCAAGAACGCGAAGCAGGCGGCGGCCGACAUGUCGAAGGUCCUGCAAAUGGAGAUCACCGAGGAGCAGGCCAAGUUCCGAUCCGCCGCCGGCGACUCCGAGGGGAAAAAGCCCUUCGGCCUCUUCUCGAAGGAGUUCGUCAGCCGCCACGGUCUCCACCUCCUCGGCACGGCGACGACUUGGUUCCUCCUCGACAUCGCCUUCUACUCGCAGAACCUCUUCCAGAAGGACAUCUUCAGCGCCAUCGGGUGGAUCCCCAAGGCCGCGAAGAUGAGCGCGCUCGAGGAGCUCUACCGGAUCGCCCGGGCCCAGACGCUGAUCGCCCUCUGCGGCACCGUCCCCGGCUACUGGUUCACCGUCGGCCUCAUCGACGUCGUCGGCCGCUUCACUAUCCAGCUCGUCGGCUUCCUCAUGAUGACUGUCUUCAUGCUCGGCCUCGCCAUCCCCUACCACCACUGGACCACCCCGGGAAACCACAUCGGGUUCGUGAUCAUGUACGGAUUCACGUUCUUCUUCGCCAACUUCGGGCCGAACAGCACGACGUUCAUCGUGCCGGCGGAGAUAUUCCCCGCGCGGCUGCGGUCGACAUGCCACGGGAUCUCGGCGGCAUCGGGGAAGCUCGGGGCGAUCAUCGGGUCGUUCGGGUUCCUGUACCUGGCGCAGAACCCGGACCCGGCGAAGGCGGACCACGGCUACCCGCCGGGGAUCGGGGUGCGCAACUCGCUGUUCCUGCUCGCCGGGUGCAACUUGCUGGGCCUGCUCUUCACUUUCCUCGUCCCGGAGUCGAAGGGGAAGUCGCUCGAGGAGAUGUCGGGCGAGAACGAGGACGGCGACACCGCCACCGCCGCAGAGCCGGCGCCCGCGGGAUACAACCGGACCGUGCCCGUGUAGUGUUGUUACAGAUAACUGCUUAAUUUAAUUAUAUACAAGUAAUUAAGUGGUUACAUUUUAUAUAUCUACUGUGAUCGAGUACUUUUUAAAUAUGUAUGAUCUCAUUUCCGAUCUGUUGUUUUUUUUUUAUUUUUA